AACACCUGCUCCGCUGAAUUGCUACAAAAAAGUGAACAUGAGAGGAGACCGGACUGGCAACUGUGGGAAGGACGGCAAUAAGUACAAGAAAUGCAGAGAAGAAGAUGUCUUUUGCGGAAGGAUCCAGUGCACCAAUGUCAAGAAAAUCCCAAAGAAUUUGCCCCGGCGAGGCGUGAUCCAGACUCCUGUGGAUGACAUCUUGUGUUUGGGGACCGAAUUUCAUGAAGAAGGGGACGUGUAUGACCUUGGGGCGAUAAAAGAUGGGUCAACGUGUGGUCACGACAUGAUGUGCAUCAAUAGGACCUGUGUCAAUGUGAUGGCUCUGAAUUCCGACUGCGAUUUAUCCAAGUGUAACAACCAAGGGGUGUGCAAUAGCAACCAGAACUGCCAUUGCGCUUACGGGUGGGCUCCUCCGUUUUGCAGCGGCCGGGGAUUCGGAGGAAGCCUUGACAGCGGGCCCCCUCCGGAACAUGCCAAAUCUAAAAAAAUGCUGAUGCUGGGUUCCCUGGUUGGCGUGGUUUUGCUUUUGCUAACGGUUAGCGUCAUGGCCAAGAGAUACAUCUAUGCUUGGUAA